CAUGGCUGCUUUCAACCUGCAGAAUGAUAUUGAUACCGGAGACAUGUCUGAAUAUUUGAAAAAUGUGGAUAACUCGAAAGAGGAAAACUAUGAACAGGUGCCAUCCAAUAUUAAUGCUGCAGUGAGAGGACAUCAGGAGAGCGGAUUCAGAUUCAUCAUUCCAGUCAAGAUAAACAUCAAUGAGCAACAUGGAGGGAUUUUUCAACAGAAUAUUUUCAAUAUUGCCAUACAGCUUUGGAAACCAGAUGGUACAGAUGAAAAAAGAACAGGGAUGCAAUCCAAACAAACAGACUCCCAAAGCACGGGAAACACUAAUUUGGAUUUAAUUGCAGAAAAUGGGCCUAACAAAACUGCAACCAGCAUGAACAUUACAGAACUUGCUGAUAAACAUAGCCUGGGGAAGCUUGGUACAAUUUCUGACAGCACAAGUGAGCACCCAGUUAAGAAACUUGACUCAACAGAUGCAUCAAUUAGACAGUCUGAUGUUCAAACCCCAAAAGAAGAGCUGGCUGAUGACACAACACGGAUCCUUGGAGGGAAUCCAGUGCUGCCGCACCAGUUCCCUUGGCUGGCUGCCCUCCUGCUGGAUGGAGAGCUACAGUGCGGUGCAGUCAUCAUCUCCCAUCGCUGGCUGCUCACUGCAGCUCACUGUGUCACUUUGUACUCCAGCUCACGGCCUCUUCUGGCUAGAUUCUCGGUGUACUUGGGCGCACAUGACAUAUCUGCAGUCUCCGAGCCUCAGCGUUUACAGAUGACACUCAGUCGUGUGGUUUUUCAUCCAGGGCAUUUGACUAUUCUCAGAGACAUUGCCCUUCUCGAGCUGAAGGAAAGCAUCAGUUACUCAUCUGUGAUCAGGCCAAUUUGUUUGCCAAAUGCUGAACAAUUUGAAGCUCUAGAAGAGGCAGGCACCCUGUCAGAGGUGCUGGGCUGGGGAGAGGUGGGAAGCGGCCAAGUGUCGGCGCUGCCACUGCUGGCCCCAGUGCAAGUGGUGGGCCGUUCCAUCUGCCAGCGUGCCUGGGCUGCACUUGGGGUCAUGCUCCCACCCUACACCCUGUGCUCUGGCUCGCAAACUGCUGGCACUUGCAAUGGAGACAGUGGAGGAGCCCUGAUGGCUCAGGAUGCUGACGGACUUUAUUAUGCCACAGGCAUAAUCAGUUUUGGAGCUCCAAAAUGUGGCACUCCUGGUAUCCCAGACGUCCACACUCGCAUUGUCUCCUACCUAAAUUGGAUUUCUUUGGUCACCAGCGGUGGUGGUGCCUGGAAUUACUCAUAAAUGGUGAUUUAAUUUUAUCUUACAGUUGUGAAAAUUAGUUAAAACACUUAUGAAAUACAUUCUGUAGUAAACUGCAAACAUAAAUUGACACCUGAUACAGAGAUUGUAUGAAACAUCAACACAUGCACUCACAAGACUCGAGUUGUAACACAUAUGUUAUUCUUUGAUUAUCUUAGUCAAUAGUGCUAGUGAAACACGAGGAAAUAAAAAGCAGAAACAAUGGCCUUAAAACACAGAAACAAUGGCCUUAAAACAAAAAAAAGGUGACAGUGUACCUUUAUAAAGCUAUAUUCCAUUCCACAAUUCAUUUCUCUGUGACUGAAUGCACAGCACAUAUUUAACUGUUUGUCCUAAACUUUUUAGUGGGUGCUAUUAGUCAGCUUGUAGUAGGUGAACAUACAGAAUUUGAGUAGAUAUGUAAUGGGCACUGUAAGAGAUUAAUUUACACAGGAACUGUUAAACAUCCAAUUGUUUUCCAGAAUGGAGAAAACAAAUGCUUCAAACUAACAUGUGAAGUUACUGAAGCAUAAUCAAUAUUAAUGCAAUGAAGAACUUAUUCCCAUUUCAUUCUUAACUGAGUUAGCAAUUACAUAUUCUUACAUAUGUGGUAUAGCCAG